AUGCCUUUAGAGGUAGUUUUCUUGUAUUUGUUGGUUUUGAGUCUUAACAGGGCGAGCAGAACGAAGCUUCGGAAGUUUGGCCGCGCGAAGAGGAGUUCCCGACGUCCAAAAGUCACGAUCUUGAUAUGGAAAGAUAGAUACUUGAGUCAUGCAUCACGUCGAAGUGGAAUGAAGCCAUUUGGAUCAACCAUCGGCCGGAACUUAUUUUCUACCGAGACAUUCCGGUUAGCGACCAAACGUGAAGCCCAUGGAGGAUUUGGAGUGUCUAAUGGCCCGAGCAGCAGCGCCAAAGGCCUUGAUUGA